ACUGACAACAACAUCACAGCAAAAUGAAGUUCCUUCUGUUGCUUUCAGCCAUUGGGCUCUGCUGGGCUCAGUAUUCCCCACAAACUCAACAGGGACGGACAGCGAUGGUCCACCUGUUUGAGUGGCGCUGGGUUGACAUUGCUAAGGAAUGUGAGAGGUACUUAGCUCCCAAUGGGUUUGGAGGGGUGCAGGUCUCCCCACCAAAUGAAAAUAUUGUAGUCAACAGCCCUUUUAGACCAUGGUGGGAAAGAUACCAACCCAUCAGCUACAAAAUCUGCACAAGAUCUGGAAAUGAAGAUGAGUUCAGAGACAUGGUGACCAGGUGUAACAAUGUUGGAGUCCGUAUUUAUGUGGAUGCUGUAAUUAAUCACAUGUGUGGUUCAGGGGGCGGUGCAGGAAGAAGCAGUACUUGUGGAAGCUACUACAACGCUAAUAACAGAGAUUUUCCUGCAGUUCCAUACUCUGGCUGGGAUUUCAAUGAUGGGAAAUGUAAAUCUUAUGAUGGGGGGGUACAUAACUAUGGCAAUGUUGAGGAGGUCAGAAAUUGCAAAGUAUCUGGUCUUCUUGAUCUUGCACUUGAGAAAGAUUACGUUCGUACCAAGAUUGCAGACUACAUGAACCAUCUCAUUGGCAUUGGAGUAGCAGGGUUCAGGCUGGAUGCGGCAAAGCACAUGUGGCCUGGAGACAUCAAGGCGGUUUUGAACAAGCUGAAUAAUCUGAACACCCAGUGGUUCCCUGCAGGGAGCAGGCCUUUUAUUUACCAAGAGGUCAUUGACCUGGGAGGGGAGGCCAUUUCGAGCAGUGAGUACUUUGGAAAUGGCCGUGUGACAGAAUUCAAAUUUGGCGCCAAGCUGAGCACAGUGAUCCGCAAGUGGAAUGGAGAGAAGAUGUCUUACUUAAAGAACUGGGGAGAAGGCUGGGGCUUCAUGCCCUCUGACAGAGCCCUGGUCUUUGUGGACAACCAUGACAAUCAGCGAGGACACGGGGCUGGAGGAGCAUCCAUCCUUACAUUCUGGGAUGCCAGGAUGUACAAAAUGGCUGUCGGAUUCAUGCUUGCUCAUCCUUAUGGCUUUACACGAGUAAUGUCCAGCUAUCGUUGGGACAGAAACUUUCAGAAUGGAAAAGAUGUCAAUGACUGGAUUGGGCCUCCCAACAAUAAUGGAGCUACUAAAGAAGUCACUAUUAACGCUGACACCACCUGUGGCAAUGGCUGGGUCUGUGAACAUCGCUGGCGUCAAAUCAGGAACAUGGUUGCUUUUCGAAAUGUAGUUGAUGGCCAGCCUUUUACCAACUGGUGGGAUAAUGGAAGCAACCAAGUAGCUUUUGGAAGAGGAAACAGAGGAUUCAUUGUCUUUAACAAUGAUGACUGGUCAUUGUCAUCCACUUUGCAAACUGGCCUCCCUGCUGGGACCUAUUGUGAUGUCAUUUCUGGAGAUAAAGUCGAUGGCUAUUGCACAGGAAUCAGAAUCUCUGUUGGCAAUGAUGGCAGAGCUCACUUUUCUAUCAGCAAUUCUGCUGAGGACCCAUUUAUUGCCAUUCAUACUGGAUCAAAAUUAUAAAAAUACGAAUUAAAUACACAUAGAGAG